AUGGUGUCUUAUUAUUACCCUUCGUUGGACGCCGUCCCCGGCGCCAUGUACACGCCACCCGGUGUACCCGUCCGCUUCACGCCCGGCCGGCCCACCCCGUACCAGGCCCAGUCGGAGCUGUACGGCGCCCUGUCCGUCGUCGACGAUGCCAAGGACAAGGCCAAGCAGCUGAGCGCCGAGGCGCAGCGGGAAUUCGACCGCGCCGCCAUCCGAGCCAAACCCAACCCGGCCAAGAUGGAGCUCUACUCGGGAUCCUACUACGCCGCCUGCACCUUUGGCGGUCUCAUGGCCUGUGGUCUCACCCACGCCGCCGUCACGCCGCUCGACCUCGUCAAGACGCGCCGCCAGGUCGACGCCAAGCUGUACACGAGCAACGUGCAGGCGUGGAGCAGAAUCUACCGCGCCGAGGGCGUCCGCGGCAUCUUCACCGGCUGGUCCCCGACGCUGCUCGGCUACUCGGCCCAGGGCGCCUUCAAGUACGGCUGGUACGAGUUCUUCAAAAAGACGUACGCCGACGCCGCCGGCCCCGAUGCCGCCGCCAAGUACAAGACGGGCCUCUACCUCGUCGCGUCGGCGUCGGCCGAGUUUCUCGCCGACAUUGCGCUCUGCCCGUUUGAAGCCGUCAAGGUCCGCUCCCAGGGCACCAUCCCCAACCCAUACAAGGGGACGCUGGACGGCAUCAGCAAAAUUGUCGCGGCCGAGGGCGCGGCCGGCCUGUACAAGGGCAUCUAUCCGCUCUGGGGCCGCCAGAUCCCGUACACCAUGAUGAAGUUUGCCUCGUUCGAGACGAUUGUCGAGAUGAUGUACGCGCGCCUGCCGGGCAGCAAGGCCGACUACUCCAAGGCCGCGCAGACGGGCGUCUCGUUUUCGGCCGGUUAUCUCGCGGGUAUUCUGUGCGCCGUUGUCUCGCACCCGGCCGACGUCAUGGUCAGCAAGCUCAACGCGAGCCGCGCGCCGGGCGAGGCGUUUGGCGGCGCCGUCGGCCGCAUCUACAAGGACAUUGGGUUUGGUGGUCUCUGGAACGGCCUGCCUGUUCGUACCGUCAUGAUUGGUACCUUGACUGGUCUGCAGUGGAUGAUUUAUGUAGGUACCCCCCACGCUUUUCGUGGUCUUCCUGUGACAUUGGUGCUAAUACAGACGCAGGACUACUUCAAGAUUUUCAUGGGCUUCCCGACCACGGGCGGUACAGCACCUCCCGCCGAGCAGAAGAAGUAG